AUGAAUAUUUUAAAAAAAGCACAAACCCAACCUAUUUUUUCAGUUUAUCAAAAUAAAAUCUCUACUCGUCAUAAUUUUUCUAUUAAAAAACCUAUAUCAAUUUGUGAAGUUAUUAAUUUACAAGAUGAUCAAGUCGAAACUAUUACACUUGAUAAUAAUGAAAAUUAUACAGAUAAUUCAGUUACUACAUCUUUGUUAACACUUAAUUCGGAUAAUUUAUUCUCAUCUCCUAAACCAAUGAUUAAAAAAAAACAAAAAACAAAUAGUUUAGUAAAUGAUAGUGAUAAUGAAACUACUCUAUGGCCCAAUUCGAUUAUUAAAUCAUUGAUUUCUUAUUUAUCAGACAAUAUGUCACUUUACCGACUAAAUAAAGAAAAAUUUUACCUUAAAGCUGCAUUAUAUCUUGGUAAAGGUAAAACUGGGUUACAAGUUCACAAUAAAAUUCGAUCACUAAUAGACAAAUAUAUGGCAGAGAGUUCUAACAAAACAGGUAAAGGUACCUCCACUUGGGCUUUUUAUAGUGAAAUGAAUGAUAUAUUUGGUAAUCGUGAGAAUAUGAAUUCAGAUUAUAUAGUUAAUAGUACAGAUGAAGAACAUUAUGUCAAAUCAAUAGAUUUAAUUACCAAAAGCAAAAGAACUGAGGCUGAAAGUAAGAAAAUUGAAGCUGAAACUAAACAACAACUACUUAAAUUAGAAAAGAAAAAAUUUAAGUUUGAGCAAAAGAAGUGGGAACAUGAAAAAGAAGAACGAAUUAUCUUAGAGAA